CGACCUCCUCGAAGCAGCAAGACCUCGAGACGGCGACUCUGCUACCUCGGCGCGAAGUCGGUUCUGGCGCAGGAUAUUCGGAUAGAACUUUCUUCCCCUUCAAAAGGAUGAGAUAUAAAGUACAAUGGGCCGAAAAGCAGGCGCACUGUACAUCAGCCCCAAAAAAUUUGGUUCGCUUCAAAAGCCAUGCAUGAAGGAAAUGAUAUCAUUUCUCAACUGCUUGGCACUAGGCCAGAACAAUGAUGAUAAAUGCGUCCGGCAAAAGGAACUUUUGAGUGCUUGCAUGGAUGCUCAGAGUGGGAAAAACAGAACGACUUGGGGAAGCAUUAAUUAUCAUCUGCAGAGGCUUAACAGGGGAAGGAAGUAGUUCAGCUGUGUAGAGCGGCUGGUUCAAAUUGAUAAGAGUUUCCAAUUGAAGAGGCCUAGUAGAAGAUGAUUCCGUGCCGAGUCUGAACAUUUCAGCGAGUCCUUGUCUGUUCCCUCAUUUACAAAUUUUUGGAACUUGGUUCUUUUCGCUUGGUUUAAGUUCCUUUUUUAGGAAACUCAAUAGUUUAACAGGAGUAAUUCAUUAUCAGCGUUGAAGUUCUAUUCGAGUGGUUCGGGUUCUUUUGCUGUUUAGAUUGCAAGUUAUACUCACGUAGCAGUUCAUCAGCCUGUGGCACAAUUCUUUUUUAAAUAAUGACUGUAGGACGUUUCAUCACA